AGAGAUUCGUAUUCCAGUCUUCUGCCGAUUGGACAAUUACAGCUAAUUUUAGAGCGCAUUCAAUAUCCAAUGAUCAGCUAAUAUGUGAAUAACCAAUAGCCAAAAUGUUAUCUAGCUAUUGCGGCGUUUAUACUUUGUACAACUGUUUAAGAUUACAGUGGCAAAAUCGUUAUUUAUACAUAAACGUGAUAUAAGAUUGAUUUACGAAUUCAUACUUUGCAUACAAGUUAAUUACAAGAAGCUAUUGAAAUUAUUAUAUUUCAAAACUUGAUAAAAUCAGAUGCGACAUAUGAAUAUGUUGUUUUUAAAACAAAUCAUUGCAUUUAUUAAUCAUCGUAUUUUAUUUAAUAAUACUUUAAGGUCUGUUUUGGAUUAUUUAAAGUGUAACAAAAUUUAUACAGGUUUAGAGUAUAGAUGACGAGAAUGUUGUGUAUGAAAGAUGUACCACUCUAAUUGUUGAAAGAUUGCAAGAUUUCUAUAUUCUAUAUAUCGUUCCAAUCCCGAAAUCUUCUACAUUUUAAAUAAUUACGGCAAUCCCUCGUAAUUAUCAUAAUAUAACAGAGUCUUUAGCUACGCUGUCAUCAAUUGUUUAUAUUAUACCUGUACCACAAUAGAACGUCCAACUAACGACCAUGGCCGUACAUCAAGAUUUGUAUGCCCUGCGCCAUGCUGUUCAGGAAUUUUCACACGUAUACCAAAACAUGAAUGAUAUGAUACGAUGUAUAAUUUAGAAUUUUUGUUAAUAGUUCGUUUAGUUAUUUUCUUGUGCUUGGAAACAAAGUAGGUUUGGGGAGAUCGUUCCGUAAGAACAUUUGUCGAUCAAACAAACGUACAAAGGUUAUAACUUAAGGCUAUAGUAUUCAUGAAAUACAAUUAUGAAAAGCAGACUCGAAACGUUGACCAACUAUCUCUGAUUCUAUUUGACGAGUUCCGAGAGAGCGGUGUUAUACUUUCUAGGCAAAAGUGUAAAUGUAUGUGUAAAGCGAAGAGAAAUGGGCAUCCCUGUUUCGUUAGACAUCCCUACGGGGAGCACUGGCACCACGGUAGGUUAGUUGAGCAGCGUAGUCUCUAGCAAGUGUUUCCCCGAAUAUGGCGGACGGUGGUUAUUCGAAUUUUCAAGGGACACAAUGAAAGUGCACCGAGUUCGCGGCGGUGAUGCCCGUGUCUAAGGGCGUGUGGUGAUCCUGAGGGUGGCCGACGUAGAUACCCGGGCGCCGCCGUGAUCGUAACGGUCGCAUGCGUGCCGGCGUGUCGCCAUCCUGACUUCACGGGAUAGGGUUUUGCCGCGCCGCGAUUCUGUGUCUGAGAGCGACCGACCGUGGCGGGGCCCCCAUGCUUGUAAAUGGCUGACGGGAAUCGGAAAAUGAGGGCCGAACGUCGCGCGUGAUUCGACGGCCAAGACGCUGAGGUAUACGCGAUACUUUUUUCAUUCUUGUAACGUACUUAUCGCCGCUUGUAAUGGACACGUACAUAAAUGAAUGAUUUGGCGGACGACCAUCUAUUUUGCACAUUUGCGUGGACCAAGCAUUAUGUGUACGUGCAUAAACAGGGUAGAAAAUGUCAGAGCCAGAAGAAAGUCUGGCAGCGCCGGAUAGCACUACGAGGGAACAGAAAUUGGGUUUCUCUCAUGGGGACGAUGUUCUUCUUCAGCACAAAGAUGGAAAAUAUUAUCUUGGAACGGUUGUUGAGGUGGAUUUGGCAAGGGAGAAAUGCCUUGUCAAAUUUAUGGACAACACCUCCGCAUGGUCCUCUGUUAAGGAGUUGACAAAGCUAUCAAUGCCAGAUUCUGAUGUUAUGUGCGUUCUUUGUAAAAAAUCUCAGCCCAAGACUGAUAACGACAUUAUCGUUUGCGACAAAUGUGGUCGUGGUUAUCACCAACUUUGUCAUCAGCCUCAAAUAUUAAAAGAAGAAACUGCAGCCGAGGCGCAUUGGAUGUGUAAAAGAUGUAUAGAUAGUCAACCGCGUGCACGUGAAGUUGUAGAACCGAAAACUUCUAUGGUAAAGGCAAGUAUCAGAAAAGUUUGCAGUGGUAGGGACCAACCUCAGCCGCCACCAGAUGAUAUGACAAAGUUGCCGUACGAUCCCAAUAUGUUAAAUUGGGAUGCGCAUCAUAGAGUAAAUGCGGAACAAAUUUAUUGUUAUUGCGGACUCAAUGGCGAAUGGUAUACGCAAAUGUUGCAAUGUGCUCGUUGCAAGCAAUGGUUUCAUGAAAAAUGUGUCAGUUGCUUAACUUAUCCUUUAUACAGUGGAGAUAGGUUUUAUGUGUUUGUUUGUUCAAUGUGCAAUUAUGGCAAAGAAUUCGUACGGCGAUUGGAAUUGAAAUGGGUAGAUCUGGUGCACCUGAUGUUGUACAAUUUAACUGUUUACAAUGCUAAAAAGUAUUAUGAUUUGGACACUGUUAUUGUACCUUACGCCAAUGAUAACUGGAACACUUUGCAGCUUCCUCCACGGAUCAGGGAUGUCAGUGCUCAAAUACGCAGAGAAUCUAUACUAGCAAUAUUGACAAAUAAUAGGAACAGAUUCAAAUGUGGCAGAGAAAUAAAGAAACGUACUACGAUAUGGGGUCUUAGAGUUAGGUUACCACCACCGUGUCCAAUUGUUAAUCUUCCAGCAACUGGUGUAAUAGAUGAUUCCGUGUUACGUAGAUGCUGGGGUGCUAAUAAAAGACUGCAAUAUCUUCCUCCGCCUACAGGACCGAUAUCAUUACCAGAAAGUACAAAACAAUUAACUGCGUUAAAACAAAGUACAGCAGAAAACUUGGAAAUUCCAGUAAAUCCAUCGGACGUGGUAAUGCGUGGAACAAUUUAUCAGAACUCGGAAGCAGAACAAAGUUCAUGUCCGAGUCCAAGCCCACCGAGUCAAUCGACGCAGUCCCUGAGGGAAAGGUAUAUUGGAGGUGGCUUUGUAAAGAAAUCAUUCCCGUUUCCCAAACUUAGUUUGCAAAGAAGGAGACGUUUAAUGGCAUUAGGAAGUUCUCGCGAAAGAAUGUUACGUAAACACAAGAAAAGAGAAAAGAGCGACGGGGUUUUAAGCAAAGCUCAGGGCGUUCGAGAAGCUAGAUAUAGGAAAGCAAGGAAAUUAUUGAAGAAUGCUAUAGCUAAGAGUAAAUCCCGUAACUCGGAAACAUCUGAUCUACCACCGACACCUCCAACUUCAGUUUCUGGCCCACCUACGCCGCCAGCCACAACUUCGGGUAUAUCUGAACUAUCUGUGCCUAGUUCUGUGGAAUUGAUGCAUCCUUUGCCACCAUCUACGCCUGCGGAUACAAGUGGGGAUGAAACCAGUUCAAGAGGAACAUUGGACUCGUUCAUUCCACCACCCAAAGACUUUGAAGGCAAGAAUAAUCCUUUUAGAAAUCUCAGUGAUUUAUUGGGUACACCUGGCAAUCAUCUCACUCAAACAAAUUCAAGUACCCCGUCACCGUACAAUCAAUGUCCAAUUACAUUACCUCUACCGCUUACUCCUGUUAUAUCUCAACCGCCGGUAGUGCGGCCAGCCAAAAGACAGUUAUCGGAAAAAGACAUUAUUAUAGACAGAAACGGGCAAGUUAAACGUAGACGUCAACAUCGGAGAGGGCGUCCAUCGCAACAGCAGAUACAACAGCAGUAUCAGCAUACUGCCAGUAAAACGGCAACCAUUUUACCAGCACGUAAUAACGAAAUUAAAAGUGAAUUUGCAAGGAAUUUAAGAAGUUCGUUUAACGGUGCCUCGAGCAGUGCUAGUAGUCAAAUUGGAAAUUGUGUCGAUUAUGCCUUAAACGGGAGGAGACUAAGACAACGUCAGAACAAUGACAAAUUGCCGCCUCCAGAUCCACAACCGCAAAAGAAAGGUAGCGUACCUUCAUCCCCAAAGUGUUCGCCUGUUAAACAAAGUGCGCCCGACAUAUCUCUGGAUGAUCUAAAAUCAUCGGUGAACAUAUAUUUUGGAGCAGCUAAUAGAAUCGCUGCUGGUGAAAAGUUUGUCAUCAGAGCAAAGAGGAUAGGACCAAACGGUCAGACUCAAUACCUAAUCGAGUGGGAGGGACUUAAUACUUAACAAUAAAUCAUUUCUUUAUGAUUAUAAAAAUGCAUUGCAAUCGUAUAAAAUUUCCGUUAACGAAUCGAGCAAGAGCGAUGUUACAUGGUUGCUCGAUCAGUUUCAAAUCUCGACGCGUAAAAGAGAUGAUUAGUGACAAAUUGAUGCAAGUCACAUGCACUGCCAUUCGUUACAUAUGUUUAUGUAAUAAGUAUGUAUUAAUUGGUGUACGAUGUGUGACUGUUCUUGCAAAUGUAGAUUUUAUUUCAUUCGAUCAAGAAACUGCGAGUCUUAGAAAGAGAAACAGGUUGCGAACAAUAGUAAAUAUAAAUUCAUUGCUGGACAAUGAAUUUGCUUUGCCAUUUGUAUUUAAAUUAAAAGGCCGAUUUAUGGAUUUGUUUCGUUUCAUAUACCGGAAAAUAUGAAUGUUCUCGUUUUUGUUUAAUUCAAAUUCUACAUUCAAAAUGUACCGUCCAUGAUUACCUUCGAUGCAUAAAAUUCAAUUAACGUUUCUACAUCUAUUUUAAUAUAAAGCGAGGUAAUAGGAGCACGCGUGAGGGAAACAUUUACAAGAACAAUCAGAUACAUUGCUUUAUGAAUUGUAUAUAUUGUAGCAUAGUAGUUUGACAGGAAAAAAGUCGAAGAAUGUAAAGCAAAUGUAAAAGGAGAAAGGAAUCAUUUGCGGCGGGUUUUUCAUUCAUAAGAAAUUGGCCAAUCGCUCGUUUUUAUAAGUUGCGGAGCGUGCACCAUGAUCCCGACGAGAAAAAAAGGAUGCGAAUUGAAAAACUGACAAUUGUUCCUCUCACUUGAGCUAACAUACUAGCGACCGUUAGCAGUUAGUGUGUUUAAAGAGUGAAUGAAAAAUAUGGAGUAAAAAAGAAAAGAAGUAGACAUCCUGCAAAGGUUAUUUUUCGAUACAAUCGUAGAGAUAGACAUCGGCUUCUGUAACUUGAUCUUCUUGAACUGUUACGCCCAUCAUUUACUCAUACGACAAUAUGACUAAAAUCAAAAUCAUAACACACGAUCAUACUGCCACACUGCAGUUUGUCUUCUGCGUGUAUAACUACGUAUAACUAUGGGUUCGACUUGUUGGUAGUAUUUGAUAAUUAUAUAGUGUUUAACACAUAACGGUGCAAUUGUUCGUUGUACGAAUUAUCGUGAGCAAGUUUUAUUCUUUAUAUACGGUUCAAGAUGAUGAAGAUGCAGUUCUAGCAUUGCUCAUUAUUAUACAAGACUAGGGGGAAAGAACUUACCUAUUUCAUAAUAACGUACAAUUUAAGGAGUCGUCGCAUAGCUGAGUACGUAAGUGGUUGGCCAAAGUUAUCUAUGCGAUAGAUAACGUUGUAAAUUUUCUCCAUGCGUUUUCCCGGGUUAGAAAAAAAAAAAAAGAGAAAAAAUCUGAAGACUCGAGACGUAGCGAAUCUUUAUAAAAGUGUUGUUGUUACAGAAAAAAGUUAAAAGAAAGAAAAAAAUGUAGAGCAUGUGAAAGUAUUCGUUCGCAUGUAAUAGAGACACGCGUAGGCAACAUUUUUCCACCAUUGAAGAAGAAGAAGAAGAAGACGAAGACGAAGAAGAAGAAGAAGAAGAAGAAGAAGAAAAGUUUUUGAAGUUUCGUAAGGUGAAUUUAAAAGAAAACGCUGAUACAACCUGGAUUGAUACAAUUAACAGUGAAUAUUCGUACAAAAUCGUUUGUAUCAGGAUUUUUUGUCUCAUUCGUGUUCCGAUCGAUAAACACAGGAUCUGUGGUCAAAGAACUUACUGAUUAGUAGCAUACACGCAUACCUGUAAAGGAGGAUUAAAACGUCGAAUUAAUUUCCAAUUAAGUUCUUGUAUCGAAAGAGCUUACGAAAAGAAAUUCUUAUACGAUUAUUUUUAGUUGUACAAAAUUCGAGUCUAUUUUUAGUUUUUAAUUUGUCCCGGCCGAUUACGACGUUAGGAAGUAACAAUGAAAAACUUGACUAAAGUCGUUCGGUGAUCAGUCUUUCUUCAGACACUAAAGAGGAAUCGAGAGAAAAAGAUCAUGUUUCACUAUAUUUAAUCGAGCGAAUUUACGUUUGUUCGUUCGACGAAUUUCGAUAUUUUGCGUAAAGUAAGAAUCGUAUAAAUUUUCCCUGAACAUCUGCAUACGAAAAAAAUCGCGAGUCAGUCGUGUUUAAACAGAUUUACCUAAGAUAGGUAUUUUUAAGUGCUAUUUAUUUAAUCUACUGUACGUAACGAUCAUCUUUCUUUGCAUUGUAAUUCCUUUAGAGAGGUUUUGUAAAGUCGCGACCGAUUAUCGUUUGUACGAAGCUCGGCAAAGAUGAAUGUUAGCGAUGGCAAUCUUGAAUCAAGUCGAGGUAUAUACGAUUUUCUGUCAAUUACAUACACAUUACAUACACAUUCGUUUUUUAUACGUUUCUAUAUUGCUUUAUCAUCUCCUCUUUUCUUUUCUUUUCUUUUCUUUUCUUUUUCGGUUCUUUUGUAUUGGUUCUUUUUUUCCUCAAAGAGAGACGACAGAGGGAGAGGGAGGGAGGGAGAGAGAAGAGAGAGAGAGAGAGAGAGAGAGAGUUCAUAUCUUUAUUGUCUUGUUCGUGCGUUAGAAAAAUAUGUGUUCAAGUGUGUUCAGACUGUAAUCGUAAUCGUAUUAUACACGCUACAAGAUACAAUUUUCGUAACAAUUUUGUAUAAAGGAUACUCAAAUAGCACGGAUAUCUUAUUUCUAAUUGUAAAACUUUGCGCGAAACGUUAUACUCUCUAAAGGAAGCGUAUAUAUAAGUAUAUGUUGGACGAAGACACUGCCAAACAUCUCUAAGUUAUAAUUUAAUAAACAACGUUAGACAAUACUGCGCUAUGAUACGUCAACUUCUUAAUUAAACGAACGUUGUUGCGUUUAUAGUUUCUUUUGUUCUCCCGUUUCUUUUUUUUCUUCUUUUUUCUCUUUUUUCUUUUUUCUUUUUUUCCUCUUUUCCAAGUUCACCGUCAUGUUCGGGGAACCAGACACGAGCUGAACCUAAAUACAACUUAAGCCGUUCUCGUUUAUCUCACGUUUAUCUCUUUCUUUCCCUUUUUCUUGCUUAGGCUAUUAAAGAGAGAAGAAGACGCAAGUUAUGUAUAUCCGUGGAUUUUUCACACGAAUGAUCCAACUCGUGAUCAAAAUUUCAUUUUCUUUUCUCUAUUCGAUCAACGUCAUCGAAGUAGAUUACUCACGAUCGCUCACGAGAAAACGAUUUAGAAUGGAAGCUUGCAUCGGUGAACAAACAAAUGUUAAUCAAAUUGAUCGAUUUAUUGCGACCGUUGCGUUAUCACGUUGUAUCGUUGCACAAUUUCUUCCUUUGCUCUUUCUCAUUUUGUUAGGUUUGCGCGAUCUAUCUUGUAAGUUUUACGGAAGCGACAGUUUUUCGUACCAGUGUGAUCCGCUACGAUCCGCUACGAUCCGCUACGUUAAAAUCAUCUUAAGUGUGCCAAUACGAGAUCGAAUCGACGAAUGCGAAAAGGAAAAUUUGAAAAAGGAUCGAUCGUCGAAAGUGGUGUCAUCGUUUUAACUGCUUUUGUAGGAUCGAAAGUAUAAUUAGACGAUAUCCAUUGCGAAGCUCGAAAGAAAGCUGUAAUGUCGCCGAACAAAUCAAAUUUUGACACAUAAUCUCCACUUUGACUUUUAUUAGGAAAAAUUGAAUUGAAAAUGAACAAGGGAUUUCGGCAUAAGAAUUCAAAGUUAGUGUCGAAUUUUGUUUAAUUUGAAAAUUAGAUUAAAAUUCGCUCUCGUUUCACGCAUACGUCUAUUUGAUCGGAGAGCUGCGGCACAAGACGAGCGAGCGGUUAGAAGGCGACGAAGCGACAGAAAGAAAACGUCAGAGAACCGCGAUCAAAGUGCAUUUACGUAGAAACAACAAUCAUCGUCUCCUGUAGAAAAAGCAAGCGUUAGCCGCUUCAAGAUGAAUCGAAGAAUCAAGGGAAGAAGGGGGAGCUACUCUGCCGCGAAGCUCCUCUACACGCGACAUAACAAAGAAAAAGACUAUCGAAAGUUGGACUUGCCGUUUCCACGAUGAAGCAACAUAACGGAACGAAGAUGUACUGCCAGUAUCGAUGUAAAUAUAUUCCUUGCUAUCCCCUUUCUCAUACAACAAUUGUCCCACCAUGCCCCGUUUUUUAAUGCAAAUACGCGAGGAAUACUCAUAGCCCUAAUGUACGUAAAGGUUGCGUAAAGGUUUGUCCGCGAUUAUAGAGGCGGGAAACCGUCGCGUCGAGGAGAAACGUGCCUCGUUCCUCUUAUCAUUGGACUCACUUCCGGUGAAUGUAUCCGACGUGUGUCGUUUUCGUGUGCGUGGUUCCGUUAGACACCGCUCUUUCGCCGCAAAAUGUAUUCUUCUAACGCUAGAGAAAAGAGAUUCGAUCGUAUUUACUAAACAGGCGGUCACGAUAAUUUAUUGUUCCAGGCAAGAGAUUAAUUGUUCGAUGAAUGAUUUUUCAAAAAAAUGAUACGAUAUUUCGAGAGUUUCACGUCGUAUAAGAGCAAUUCGAAUAACGUAUCUCGUUUAUUCUUAAAAUUAGGAAAAUAGUUUAUUGUCGACGAAGAAUCGCGGCAUGCGUACAAGCAAGGUGCAUAGAAUUAUCGUGAAAAUAGAAUUUCGGUUCGAAUAACGCAAUUACCAAAUUACUUUAGCUCAAAUAUGAGGUCAAGUGUGACAAAUGGGAGCAUAAUAUUAUUUAUAUCGUGGAUAGACUGCGGACGCACCUUUACAUGCCUUACAGGAAGACAUUUGGAAGACGAGACAAAUCUCUAGUUACGUUCCGUUUACGUAUUUAGUUAUGUUACGAUUAUUAUGUGAUGCGUUAGCUAUAAGUUUGUAUAGUAGAAAAUUCAAUUGCGAUACAUGUAAGGAUUAAAUAGGUCGGCAAUCUUUAUACGUUGCUUCUCUCAUAUUGGUUUUUUCUUUUUUUUUUUUUUUUUUUUUUUUAGGAUAGAAUCCCGUCGUUUGUUCGAUUACAUUAAGGAUCGUCGUAUAAUGGAUCGUCGAUGACCGCCUAUUUAAUAAAUGCAAUAAAACGUUUUUUCUCGACACGCGAGUAACGUUCGGUGAACACGAUGCUUUUUUCUUUGUUCGAUUUCGUAUGCACGCAUCGACAACCAAUCGUUCAAUGAUCGUUCGACGUUCUGUUUCUCUCCGAUGAAAUUAAGAAAUUCGAGUGCUGGUUGCCCGAAUAAUUUGCCUUCGUCGAUAGAUUGAAUCGAAAAGAGAAGAAAAGAAAGAAACGAUACAAGUAACGAUCUUUUCGUGGCGAAGCGUACGAAUUUUACCGUGUGUUUCGCGGUGGAAAGCAAGAUGCGAAAGAAAAUUGUGAUUAAAGAAAAAUUAUUAGCAGCUAAUAUACACUUUGAACCAAGGCUACUUGGGAUGAUCCAUGUAAAUACGCACCGUUUAAAGAAUUUUUGUACGAGAAAAUUGUUCAUAGCUACUGAAUCUGAUUUAUAGCAAACGAUCAUAUAUGAUUUUUUUAUAAAUCGACGUUAAGUAUACAGGAUGCAUACGAGAUAUUCGCUAAAGUAGACAACAAAUUUUCACCAAUUUUAAGGGGGAAUUAAAAGAUUAAGGAUCUUAGAUCUAAAGGACUCUAAAGAUCAAAUUUUGACACCGUACAUUGUGAUUUUAUGUUCCUAAAAUUUAGUUUAAAUUUAAAGCAAUUUUUUUUUCUUUUUCCUUUUUUUUUUUUUUUUUUUUUUUUUUUUUGAAAGAUGUACGGGGUGUAAAUCUUUGAUUCUUUCUUUCAAUUCGGUUCUUCUGAAGCUCUCUUCUGAACGAAUUUUACCCUAAAUUGUACUUUAUAAAUUAUACUUUAUCUAUCUACAACAGUUUACUUGAAAAAAUAACACUUUAUACCGAUAGAAGUCUACUAAUAGAAUAACAAUUUCUAGAAUUUCUAGAAUUUCUUCGAGUCGUACAUUGUAGUCCAUGUAGAUGUAUAAUAUGUAUCCCGAAGAGCACUUUUAUACGGACUGAAACAAAAAUUAAGAAAUAGAACUUAAUUCGCUGGAUACAUCGAACAAUUAUUUCGAUACAAAGUACAAUUAUUUCAGCGAAUAUCCCGUGUUUUUAACCUUCUCGAAUACGAUUAUUUUUGCGUUAAUCAGGUCGUCGUACGUUAAAUAUCUCAAACAACGAAGGCUCGCUCGAAAUAGGUGCCAACGAAUUGCUAAUAAUUUUUCUGCGACAUUCGAUUCCCUUUCUAACUUUCUUUAACGAAUAUUCCGAUUUAUCGCGAAAUUUGCGAUUCGCGAAUAAAAAGAUGAAACGAAAUUCUUGUAUGAUUUUUGCGAAGAGAGAGGACUAUGAGUAAAUGAAUAGGAAAUCAAAGAGACGGAACGAAAGUGUGUAUGUUUGAAUUUAUGUGACGUGCGAUCGUAACCUGUGAGAAGAAUGGGAGAAAAGGGGAAAACGUAAACGAGCGAUCCUCUGACACGUAUUACGGUUUCGUCGGUCGAUCGAUCAAGCGGAAACGGAAUUAGAAAAAUUGAACGUGCGUGACCGGGUUUCUCGAAUUCGAAGAUUCCAUCCUGUGUAUGUAUUUCCGAAGCUUCGAAAGAGAGAAAAUAAUUUUCCGUGUGACGAUCGAAUUGCUUCGUUCGAGGAUUCCUUGAUUACGUUUCUACGUAUAUCUCCAUUCUUCGGGUUACUUUUGUGGUGAGAUUGAUGGAGAGAGAGAGAGAGAGAGAGAGAGAGAGAGAGAGAGAGUGAGAGAGAGAGUGAGAGUGAAAGUUUGUAUAUACACCGUCUGCACUUUGUACGAAUAUCGCGAUCGUCGUUGUUCAGCGAUCUUUUUGUUUACUUUCGUCGUUUAAUAAAGUGAAUUCUUCAUGACCUCUUCAA